AUGGAAGGAAAAAACCAGUUAGUGGUCUCAGAAUUCCUCCUUCUGAGAUUUUCUGAGAAGCUAGAGCAAGAAAUGCCCCUCUUUGGGUUGUUCUUGAGCAUUUACGUGGUCACUGUGAUUGGAAACCUUCUCAUCAUGCUGGCUAUUGGCUCCAACUCCCAUCUCCACACCCCCAUGUAUUUCUUUCUUUCUAACUUGUCCUUUGUGGAUUUGUGUUUGGUAUCUACUAUUGUGCCUAAGAUGCUGGAAAAUAUCAUGAUGCACAGCAAGGCCAUCUCCUAUGCUGGCUGCCUUGCCCAGAUGUACUUCUUCAUGGUUUUUACUUGUAUGGACAAUUUACUCCUCACUGUGAUGGCUUAUGACCGCUUUGUGGCCAUUUGUCACCCUUUGCACUAUGUAUCCAUCAUGAGUACACAACUCUGUGGCCUCUUGGUUCUGUUGUCUUGGAUUGUAAGUCUUCUAAUCUCCCUCCUCCACAGCAUGAUGGCAAUGCAUCUCUCCUUCUGCAAAGACCAUAACAUCCCACAUUUCUUCUGUGAUCUUAGUCAGGUUCUGAAACUGUCUUGUUCUGACACCUUCAUCAAUAACAUCCUGAUGUAUUUUGCAACUAGCUUGCUGGGUAUUGUCCCUCUUACAGGAAUCCUUUUCUCUUAUAGUCAGAUCUGUUCUUCCAUUCUGAGAGUUCCAUCACCUGAGGGAAAGUAUAAAGCCUUUUCCACCUGUGGAUCUCACUUGUGUGUUGUUUCAUUAUUCUAUGGCACAGCUUUUGGAGUGUACCUGAGCUCUUCAACAGCUCAUUCUUCCUGGAAGAACUCAAUCACUUCAGUGAUGUAUACUGUGAUCACUCCUAUGCUGAACCCCUUCAUCUAUAGCCUUAGAAACAAGGAGAUAAAGGAUGCUUUAAGGAGACUCACUAUCAGACCGACCUUCUCACAGUGA